GUGGGCGGGGUAGGGGCUGUGUAUGCGGGAGAAGGAAGGGGUGGGAAUCUGAGGAGGAGACUAUAUUUUUAUUAUUAUUUUUAAUUUUUUUAAAAUAAUAUUUUCGCCGUACAAAGAGGACGCUCGGAAUUCACCGGCCAGUCGGCUCCCGAGAGGGACCCGCGAAUUGUGCGGUCGCUUUUCUUCACCUGCUUUUUUUUUUUUUUUUUUUUUUGUCUGUUUGGUUGGUUGGUUUGGUUUUUUGUUUGUUUUGACUGGGGGCUUUUUAUUUUUUAUUACUCUCCUUAUCUUUCCCCGCUGAGCAGCGGCGGCAGCAGCAGCAAUAUGGCUGGUGAUGGGCUUUUUGGGGGGCGCUGGCGGCGGGAGGAGCUCUCGGAAGCCCCUGCGCGCCCGGCUCGCUGUUAGCUAUGGCAAAUGGCAGCGGCGGCGGCUCCUACCCGGGCGGCAGCGGCAGCGGCAUUAGAAUGAGUAACAAUAUCAACGCCAACAAUCUCAACACAGACUCGUCCUCCUCCCCCGUCAAUGUGCCCAAGAUGGAUGCGCUCAUCAUCCCGGUGACCAUGGAGGUGCCCUGCGAUAGCCGCGGACAGCGCAUGUGGUGGGCUUUCCUCGCCUCAUCCAUGGUUACUUUCUUUGGGGGACUGUUUAUCAUCCUGCUGUGGAGGACCCUCAAGUACCUGUGGACUGUCUGCUGCCACUGCGGGGUCAAAAACAAGGAGGCCCAGAAGAUUAAUGGUGGUGGAGAUACACAGGCAGAUGGAGCCUGCAAACCAACAGAUGAAAAAGAGGAGAAUGUGGCAGCAGAAGUGGGAUGGAUGACGUCUGUGAAGGAUUGGGCAGGAGUCAUGAUAUCUGCCCAGACAUUAACUGGCAGAGUACUUGUUGUCUUAGUCUUCGCUCUUAGUAUUGGUGCUCUUGUAAUAUACUUCAUAGAUUCAUCAAACCCAAUAGAAUCCUGCCAGAAUUUCUACAAAGAUUUCACAUUACAGAUCGACAUGGCUUUCAAUGUGUUCUUCCUACUCUACUUCGGCUUGCGUUUUAUAGCAGCCAAUGACAAGCUAUGGUUUUGGCUAGAAGUUAAUUCAGUGGUAGAUUUCUUCACGGUCCCUCCAGUGUUUGUGUCAGUAUAUUUAAACAGAAGUUGGCUUGGUUUAAGAUUUUUAAGAGCCCUUAGACUGAUACAAUUUUCAGAAAUCUUGCAGUUUCUGAAUAUACUUAAAACAAGUAAUUCCAUCAAGCUAGUGAAUCUGUGCUCUAUAUUCAUCAGCACGUGGCUGACAGCAGCUGGGUUCAUACAUUUGGUGGAGAACUCAGGGGAUCCAUGGGAAAAUUUCCAAAAUAAUCAACCCCUAACAUACUGGGAAUGUGUUUAUUUGCUGAUGGUUACAAUGUCCACUGUUGGCUAUGGAGAUGUUUAUGCAAAAACAACCCUUGGUCGCCUUUUCAUGGUCUUCUUCAUCCUUGGGGGAUUGGCCAUGUUUGCCAGCUACGUCCCUGAAAUCAUAGAGUUAAUAGGAAACCGCAAGAAAUAUGGUGGUUCCUAUAGUGCGGUUAGUGGAAGAAAGCACAUAGUUGUCUGUGGUCACAUAACACUUGAAAGUGUGUCGAACUUCCUGAAGGACUUCCUGCACAAGGAUAGGGAUGAUGUCAAUGUAGAAAUCGUCUUUCUGCAUAAUAUCUCCCCUAACCUUGAGCUGGAAGCUCUUUUUAAACGACACUUCACUCAGGUGGAAUUUUAUCAGGGUUCAGUCCUUAAUCCCCAUGACCUGGCGAGAGUGAAGAUAGAGUCAGCAGAUGCGUGCCUAAUCCUUGCCAAUAAAUACUGCGCUGACCCAGAUGCUGAAGAUGCCUCCAAUAUUAUGAGAGUUAUUUCCAUAAAGAAUUAUCAUCCGAAGAUAAGAAUUAUCACUCAGAUGUUGCAGUACCACAAUAAGGCCCAUCUGCUAAAUAUCCCAAGCUGGAACUGGAAAGAAGGGGAUGAUGCAAUCUGUCUUGCUGAGCUGAAGCUGGGUUUCAUAGCCCAGAGCUGCCUGGCACCGGGCCUUUCAACAAUGUUAGCCAACCUCUUCUCCAUGAGGUCAUUCAUAAAGAUUGAGGAGGAUACGUGGCAGAAAUACUACCUGGAAGGAGUUGCAAAUGAAAUGUAUACAGAAUAUCUGUCUAGUGCCUUUGUGGGUUUGUCCUUCCCUGCAGUUUGUGAACUGGUGUUUGCGAAACUGAAGCUCUUAAUGAUAGCCAUAGAAUACAAGUCGGAGAAACGCGAGAGCAGAAGCCGAAAGCGUAUAUUAAUCAAUCCUGGAAACCACGUCAAGAUUCAAGAAGGUACCUUAGGAUUCUUCAUUGCAAGUGAUGCCAAAGAAGUAAAAAGGGCAUAUUUUUACUGCAAGGCCUGUCAUGAUGACAUCACGGAUCCCAAAAGGAUAAAAAAAUGUGGCUGCAAACGGCAAGUAAAGAAUGCAGCUAGAUCAAGUUACCCAAAAUGUUCGUAUCAGUUCAAGAAUGCAACUACUAAUGCAUUGAUUGAUGCCAAGUCCACUGAAGGAAUCCCGGAACCUGUUCCACUUGUUAAUAACCGUAAAGGGAGCCUCUUCCUACCCAACAACCCCUCGCUGCUGCACCUUAACUUACUGAGUUCUGUUGAACAAGGAAAAUCUACCUACUGUAGAUUGCAAAGGGCACUCAGCUUGCCUGUAAAAUACCGCUACCAUUCCCAAAAGCCUGGGCUGAACCAAGAUCUCCUUGAAGAUGAGCAGCCGUCGACACUAUCACCCAAAAAAAAGCAGCGAAAUGGAGGCAUGCGAAAUUCACCCAACUCCUCACCCAAACUGAUGAGGCAUGACCCCUUGUUAAUUCCUGGCAACGAGCAGAUUGACAAUAUGGAUGCCAACGUGAAAAAGUAUGACUCUACAGGGAUGUUUCAUUGGUGUCCAGCCAAAGAUAUCGAAAAGGUUAUUUUGACUCGAAGUGAAGCAGCGAUGACAGUUUUAAGUGGGCAUGUAGUCGUUUGCAUAUUUGGGGAUGUUAAAUCUGCUUUGAUUGGAUUAAGAAAUUUAGUGAUGCCAUUACGAGCCAGCAACUUUCACUACCAUGAACUCAAGCACAUUGUGUUUGUGGGUUCACUUGAAUACCUGAGAAGGGAAUGGGAGACACUGCAUAACUUCCCCAAGGUUUCAAUCUUGCCUGGUACGCCAUUAAGUCGGGCUGAUUUAAGGGCUGUCAACAUCAACCUCUGCGACAUGUGCGUUAUCCUGUCAGCCAAUCAGAAUAAUAUUGAUGAUGCUUCGCUGCAGGACAAGGAAUGCAUCUUGGCGUCACUCAACAUCAAAUCUAUGCAGUUUGAUGACAGCAUUGGGGUCUUGCAGGCUAAUUCCCAAGGCUUUACACCUCCUGGGAUGGAUAGGACAUCUCCAGACAAUAGUCCAGUCCAUGGCCUUUUACGUCAACCCUCCAUUACAACAGGAGCCAACAUCCCUAUUAUAACAGAGCUAGCUAAGCCUGGCAAACUUCUGCCUUUGGUUUCAAUCAGUCAGGAAAAAAACAGUGGAACCCACAUUCUAAUGAUAACUGAACUGGUAAAUGAUUCAAAUGUUCAGUUCUUGGACCAAGACGAUGAUGAUGAUCCCGACACAGAACUGUAUCUCACGCAGCCUUUUGCUUGUGGAACCGCGUUUGCUGUCAGCGUGCUGGACUCUCUCAUGAGCGCAACAUACUUCAAUGACAAUAUCCUCACACUGAUACGGACAUUGGUAACAGGAGGAGCCACACCAGAGCUGGAAGCACUGAUUGCUGAGGAAAAUGCAUUGAGAGGAGGUUACAGCACGCCCCAGACACUUGCAAACAGGGACAGGUGUCGAGUUGCUCAGUUGGCUUUGUAUGAUGGGCCAUUUGCAGACCUAGGGGAUGGAGGUUGUUACGGAGAUCUGUUUUGUAAAGCACUGAAAACAUACAAUAUGCUUUGCUUUGGAAUUUAUCGAUUAAGGGAUGCACAUCUAAGUACUCCCAGCCAAUGCACUAAACGUUAUGUUAUCACAAACCCACCAUAUGAAUUUGAGCUUGUGCCGACGGACUUGAUCUUCUGUUUGAUGCAAUUUGACCACAACGCUGGCCAGUCCCGAGCCAGCCUUUCUCAUUCCUCCCAUUCCUCCUACUCUUCCAGCAAGAAGAGCUCAUCAGUUCACUCUAUCCCAUCAACAGCCAACCGACCGAACCGCACCAAGAGCAGAGAUUCCCGGGACAAACAGAAUGCAACAAGGAUGAAUAGAAUGGGCCAAGCAGAAAAGAAAUGGUUUACAGAUGAGCCGGAUAAUGCCUAUCCCAGAAACAUUCAAAUCAAGCCCAUGAGCACUCACAUGGCCAAUCAGAUCAAUCAAUAUAAAUCGACAAGCAGCUUGAUACCACCAAUACGGGAAGUUGAAGAUGAAUGUUGACUCCUUCGAAGCCAGAACUAUUUUUAUAAAGCCUGACAAACUUCAUGAAUGGUGAUGUGACAUUUAUUCCUCUUACUUGCUGAACCACUGAUGGAGAAGUUAAGAAGGGCACGCUUAAUGGGAAAAUAAAGUAGACAGAUCUUUGUUUGUCUGCCUUUAAUAUUGCUUCCACGUAUUUUGGAAACUAUUUCAUUUAUAAAUGAACAUAAUCAAAACUAGUCAUGUAUAGCCUCUAGCAUUUUAAAUUAUUUUUAUUUAUUAGAAAAAAUAUAUUUUUCUUUUUUUUUCAUUGUUAAGUAUUUUCCCUGAAAAAAAUGGCAUAUGUGGCCAGACUCCUAAGAAUUAAAAAAACCCCAACAAACCCUCAGUCUUUGGCUUAAAGGAGAAUGAUGGUCACAGUUAUGAGGAUAUGUAAUUAAGGGAGACAAAUGAUAUAUUUACAAAAAGGGAAAAAAAGGUCCAACUUGUAUUUUAGUAAAUCAAAAAAAACCCCAAAAAAACCUAAGAAAAAAAACCUACACUUCACCAAAAUGUUUCUUUAUCGGAAGAUGUGUAUUUUGUUCAGCAUUGACACCAGCUCUUAAUAAAUUGAACUUAUUUAUUUUCAGAGUUGAAAGUCAUAUUUUUUUACAUGUAACAUUCUUCAGAAAUAUUCUUUGUUUUAUUAACAUAUACAGAUCAUCUUGACUGCCAGUUGUGUGAAGGUGCAGUAACCCCCCCCCGCUGUGCCCUGCCCCUUCUCACGGUGGCACCCACAGACACCCAGCACCCUGGGAGCAUGCUGUGACACAGGCACUGGGAAUGUCACCACCCCAGCAAGGGCCAUGGACUUAAGGGGCACUUGCUAGAAAUGGAAAAUCUGGCAAUUGCACUUCACUUCCCAUUAGCCAUCAGCACCUGCUAAUUUCAGAAAGGCAAGCUUGGUAAUUCUUCUUCUUUUGCCAUUAUUACAGUGAUUUAAUCCAGAGUGCAUAAAACAGUGCAUGGAAGCAUCGGUUAUAAACCAUCUACUCUACCACAUUUUGUUACUUCCUUCCUUCAGAAGUGCUGAUGGCCUUUCAUUGGUCUGAGAUGGUACAAAUUCUUCCUGAUAUGUACAGAGAUUUAGCUCCAGAUCCUUGCACUUUGGUAAAAGUUCAUACCCUGGUAAGGGCACACUGAAUCUCCUUUUGGUUAAUUCAGAUGAGGAUAAAAACUGGUUUAGCUUCAGCUCUACAAGCUCACAACAUGCUGUCCUCAGUUAAUUCUUACAAUAAGCAACAUCUUAUUUUAGCAGUUGUUUUUCUGGUUGCUUUUUUUCCCCUUUUAUUUACUUUUAUUUUGCUGGGACACCACACAAAAAAGUACAGUAAUAACCAAAUAAAAAUAAUAAAAGUGAUGAAUGUAUUUAUUAUGAUAACAUGCAAAAGGCCUUUGAUGGGUGCCUUUUGUGUCAGCAGUUUCACAAAGUUGCCAACAAGCUUUAUAGCCAUCAGACAAAAAUGUGAUGUUUCAUAUCUGUGCUGCAGUAUCCACCCACCCAAGCAUUUAUCUUUUAAAUGAUUUAGUUACUCUCUCUAUCUCAAAUAAGCAACAUCUGACACAAUUGUGUGGAAACAAAAAAAAAAGAAAAAAAGAAAAAGGAAAGGCUGUGAUAGUAGGGAAACAAAGACCAAAACCACAAAACCAGAAUCAUCAGGAAAAGCAGAUUUUCAUUGUGCAGGUUAACUUUAGGCUUUGUAAUUUUGCAGAAUUGUUAAACACUACAAUUAAACAUACCGUGGUAUUUUUAUCAUUAGAGAAAUAUCAGUGAAUCAAACAAAUACAAAGCAGAUGAUGAAUUUAUUGUGAAAACAAUGAUGUCCACUAUGUAAUCCAACAUUUAAGCCAAACUAUCUCAGCUUUAAUGUUUGUCCACUGGCUGCAGUACAAGUAUAACCAUACUAACACCUAAUAGGCUUUAUUCUGGAGUGACUUCUUGGACUGUGACUAUUUUGUUGUAACAUUUUGUAGAAUAGCUACUUAAAGACAAUAAUGAGAAUUGUUAAUACAGUAUCUGUAAAAUUGGAUUGUUUAAAAUAUUUCACUCUCCUACAGAGUAACAAAACAAUACAAGCAGUCUUUCAUUAUUACUUAGAUGCAUGUUUAAUGCAUUUCACAGUCCCCAAAAGAGAAGAUAAUUCCAGUGAGUUCCUCCGACAUAUGCUGCUCCAGCUAGUGACACGUUAUAAUUUACAUCCAGUCUCUGCAUUGGGUCAUGUUAAGCCUUUUCUUUGAAGUCAGUGCUCCUUUUUCAUUUAUGAACUGCAUUCAUUUUACAACCAGAAUGAAAAAAGCUGGUCCUGAGUACGGGAGAAUUGUAGAAAUUUGUGUUCAACCUCACCAAAUACAUAUGAAUUUUAAUUUCUUUUUCCUGAGAAGACUGGUGUUUACUAUAGGGGCAUAAAACAUUAUAUCUUAUACCUUAUCAUAUACAGUGCCACUUCUGAGUGUCCUUUCUUCAGAAGUGAACAUUCACUGGGUAAAACAUACUAAUGAAUCAAAUACAGCACCCCUACAUUGCCAAGGUUUGUGUUUCUCUGUCCAGUUUCAGUCACUACCCAAAAUUCCAUGCUAUUGUUUAUAAAUAAAGGACAAGACCUCAGACACUCAUGAGCUCUUCUGGCACAGAGAGCUCCUUAUGCAAUGAUUGAUAGAACAACACCCAUAGAGAGCAAACAAGACAGAGAGAAACAGGUGGAGUUAUGGGUCUACAUUUCCCAUAUACAGAAAAGCUAAAAUCAGUGAUAUUUUCUUACUCCUAUUUUUGAUAAUCAGAGAUGCAGGACUGAUGUCUGGAAAUUAGAUGGAGGAACAGACAGAAAACCAGUUGGAAUCUUCAAUAUUCAGCCAUUAAAAAUUACAAUAAGGCCAGCACCAAUAAAUAGAUAUAUGAAGUUACAUCAAAGCUGGGAAAAGGCUGGAAAAGGGACCUAAGUGACAGCUGACAGACCACAUGAUGACUGAUAUAGAAAUAAGUUCUUGGUCUUUAUCAAUAACAUUUACCCCUGUCUCAGAAGGCAUGGAUUUAAAAAAAAAAAAAAAAAAAAGAGUGGGGUGAGGAGGAUUUCUAGAUUUUUGGGGUUUUUUUCUGGUUUUUAGGUUUUUUGCAUUAAUCUCAUGCACUACUGACACAGGCUACAGAAUGUUUUUUGGUAACUCGUGUGUUGGAUAAAUAGUGUGUCUGUGUGUGUGUUUGCAUAUGUCCAUACAUGCACACACACCUAUAUAUGUGGGUCCACACAUGCACACACAUGUGUACAUGGGUACAGGCACACACUAUGUACAGGGUUGUGCAUGUAUUUGAUAGAGUCAUCACAAGAAGGUGUCAUCACUUUUAUUUUCCAUGAGCUGGGGUGAAGAAAGGCACAAAAAGGAAGAAAACAUGACUUGCAGGGCAGCACAUGGAAGAAUUUUUUCUGCUAUUUCUACCUGGUUUGACUGAAACCCAACCAUCCUGGUUAGUUUUAUGAGAGAUGCACUGACAUUAUGCUGCAGAGCCUUCGUUCAGUGCUGCAGCUGGGCUGUGCUCCUGGCCCUCCUCACACCCCUGCUCUUGUCUGCUCCCACACUGCCAGGAAGUCUGCUGGCUCUCUCUGUUUCAUGGCUAUUGUUUUAAUUUGCCCCCUGAAGCCUAUGAGCACUAAGAUGAAAGGAUUAAACUGUCCUCUGAUAGAUUUGGUGGCAAGUGCUAAGCACAGCAAAAGUUAAGGUAUGAAGUAAGGAAGAUAUUCGUAGUCUAAAUGCAAAUUUUAACACCUCAAUGUGAUUGUGUAGUUCCUUCUGAAAUAAUCUGAUGUGUUUUUUAAUAGGGAAAAACAAGAUGUAAACAUUUCCUUAUACAUUUUAAAAGCAUUCUAAAACUGUCACUGAUAUUUUAACAACUUGUGUUUCAAUUAAGCAUCAAUGGCCCAACAGUAGGGAAUACAUGGGACAGAAAGUGCAAAUCCCUUAAUCUGGGCCAGGCAUGGUCAACAGGAUGUGAAAAGAACUAAAUGGCCUCAGCCAAAGGCAGGAAAGGGCAAAUGUAGUUUGCAAGGCAAGGUACAGGAGACACCGCAAAAGCAUUUAGCCUUUUAUUAUACAUUGUUGGGUGGUGGUAGAUGAGGUUGGCUAUUUUUGGCCUGCAAAGGAAGAUUUUGCAUUUUUUGAACUCUUCAUGUAGUAGAAGGAGAAGGAGAAAGUAAAAUAGUGUGUUCUCAUUCAGGUUUUGCUGGAGGCGUGUGUGUCUAAAUUACAGCUAACAACUACUGCAAUAAUUGGCUGCAUAAACUGGAGAAUAAACAUACAUGACAAAAAAAAAAAGCAAUAAUUUACAAAUGGUUAAUAAUUUGUGUUUUCACUGCUUGGCCACUCACCUGCCAAUCCAUAAAAAUGUUAACAACUGCCCUGGACUAGCUGACUUACAUGGGCACAAACUGAAACACAGAGCAGGUGCUUAAAUGGUUUUAAGAAGUGGAUUCCUAAGGGCUCCUGGAUCCCAAUGUAUUUGAAAUGAACACAUAUUGAGGUCAAUGUGUGUGUGUGUGUAUGUGUGUGUGCGUGCUUUGUUUUUACAGCUGUUACCAUUGUGAAUUUCUUCAGCACCAAAAGAAGUGUGUGUCUCACCUUUCAUUUCUAGUUUUGAAUGUGAUUAAACAAAAUAACCAAGUGUGUGAAAGGCGAUGAACAGGACAAAGUGAAAACACAAAUCUGUUCCCAGUAUUACAGUGGAUUAGCCUGGGAAUAUCUGUCAAAGUCAAUGGCAAAUACAUAAAAAGUUCAGAGGAAAGGAGAACUCUUUAUAAUCCUUCUGUUUUUUUCCUUUCUGUGCCAUCUGAACCAUCGAAAUCCCUAACAUACAAACAAGCACCUUUUUAAUUUUUUUUUUAAUUCUAAAGGUUCUUGACUAAUCACAGGCUUAAGGGAAAUAUUUUUAUUUAAAGGCACUAUAUAUGCACACCAGGUCUCCUAAUAUUCCAUUUAUAGUAUUUUCAUGCUGAGCAAUAGUAGUGGGUGUGGGUAACAGCCCCAUCUGAAAUUAUGAAAGGAAUGUAGUAUCUCUUCUGCUGUAGUCACUGCCCAGGAUGGUAUGCGGGCCUUUAGUAUUGAUAAGUCUGUGCCAGCAUUUAUCAGAGCUAUAUUUCUGUCAGUAAUGUAUCUCUUCUGCCCAGGUUCUCCCUACUCCAGAGUACACAGCCAUGUCGAGGCUGGGCAGCCUCUGAGCAGCAGUCUGUAUGACCAGGUGAAUUCCACUGGAGCCAAUAGUGAGGACUGCUCCUCUGAGGGACCUGCUCUGCACAGUGGUGUGUUACUGCUAAAUGCCAAAAGCAGAAGGGGUAGGGAAAAUGAAGAAAAUAUAAAACAUAAGGAAUUUCUUUUAUUACUUUGGGUCUAAUUUAGAGCAAUAUCUAACUUAGGAAGCUAAACAGCUGCAUUAAUAAGAGCCUUUAUGAUGUUGAGACAAGGGUUCUCACUGCUUCAGUCAAUGCAUUUUAGAGGAGAUCUCUAUAAAGUAAAAAAAGCAAACAACCCAGAACACAGCAUAUAGGCAGUUGAAUAAAUGUAAUAAAACCCAUAGAUUUUUCAGAAACAAAAAAUGUGGCAUAUGAGCAUUUUGUUGACUGGACAAUAACUAGUAGGAACCAAAUAAAAUUGUCAGCAGAAAUUAUCUCAAGCAGUUAAAAAAAUUCUGCUUCUGCCAUGGUCCCAUAGCUUGGGACACACAUGCUUAGCCAAUGCAAAUACUCUAAUCUCUGGCAAGAAAAAAAGAAAAAAAAGAAAAAAAAAGGAAAAAAAAUACUUUAACUUUCACAUUUCUGUAGAGUUCAAAACUGAUGAAACCACUUUCUUCCUUUGGAAAAAACACACACACGCAAAUACAUAUAUACAAUAUCUUCUGAUUGUUUCACAUGUCUACAUUAGUUAUAGUUUGGAAGUGGAGAUGGUGAGGGGGUACACUGAGAACCAGCUAGCAUCUUAACUUAAAAGUUCAUCAAGAAAAAGGAGUACGACUUCAUCACUUUACUUUUAACAUCAUGGGUUGGUGAGAGAGAACAAAUGCUGGUGCUCAGAAAUGAUCUACCUGACUUUGUCACAUGUAAUAUCCAGUGAAAAAUAUAUCGUCCUGUAAAAAGGGUUUGUACAUAACUUGUACAUGGUUUCAUUUUGUAUUUUUCUCAGAUUAAAAUUUAUGUAUUUGUGUUCUAAAA